GCACCCCUGAAUCUUUCGUUAUGAUAUUUUCGUCUUUAUGGUUCUUGAAUUACUUUUUCGGUUUUUUCAAAAUUUAUUUAGGUCGGUGAAGUACACUAUUAUGGGGGAUUCCGCAGUUGUAAAAUCGGAUUCAUUUCGCCAUGUUAUCGUACCACCAAUACCCAAACUUGCCGACAUGCAUAUGUACUGGGUGUGGAGAAUGUUGAUUAAAUCAUAUCUGGCUGCUAUAGGUCUUUGGUCUGGAAAUCAUCCAAAGGAGAGCGCCCACACAAAGUUUGUGUUGCUGAGCACGUUGGAAAUAUGGGUUGUAAGAAGGGAGUACGAUGACAUGACCAGCAAGUCCAUUUUCGAAGAUCUCGAGAAACGAUAUGCUAGCAAUAACAAUCGAGGACAGUCAGUGAAUAGCUUCAUUUAAAAUCAAUAGGGUGUGUUUCUAUUGUUUUCGCUGUACAGUUUUAAAGUGCUUCCUGGAGGAAAUAUUUAAAACACAUCCGUCUGCUCCCCAAAAAUACUACUGUUGUGUAAUACAGGCAUAUGUUCGGUGCAAAUUGUUGAUCUUCCACCGUAGAAAAAAUAUUAUAUUCAUUAAAAUUUGUUCAUGCAUAAAAUUAUUUAAAACACAGCACAAUAACUUAAUA